AUGUGGGAUUAUGAGAGCGCUUCAGUGACUGCAGAUAAAGUGGUGCGCAGUCAGCAGAGCAGUGUGUCAGUAUGUCUGCUCCAAGACGGGACUUUUCAAAUAUCCUUCAGGCUGGUGCCGCUGGUUGGCAAUGGAGUUGUGAUCCAUCUUCCUGGUUUGUUCGAAGAAGCCGAGAAGAAUGAGCGCAAAGGAAAAGGUCUAAAAGGCUGGGAGGAAAGACUCAUCAUCUCAGAUAGAGCUCACAUAGUGUUUGACUUCCACCAGGCCGUCGAUGGCGUCCAGGAACAGCAGCGACAAGAGCAAGCAGGCAAGAACCUCGGGACAACAAAGAAGGGCAUCGGUCCAGUAUAUUCAGCAAAGGCGGCUCGCUGUGGCCUGAGAAUCUGUGAUCUUCUGUACGACUUUGACCAGUUUUCUGAACGGUAUAAAGGAUUGGCCAAGCAUUACAAAGGCAUGUACCCCACUCUAGAGAUUGACAUUGAGGGAGAGCUGACUAAACUAAAAGGCUGCAUGGAGCGCAUCAAGCCCAUGGUGAGAGACGGUGUCCACUUCAUGUAUGAGGCUCUUCAUGGUUCUCCCAAAAAGAUCCUGGUGGAGGGCGCCAACGCGGCGCUACUCGACAUUGACUUUGGUACAUAUCCUUUUGUAACUUCCUCCAACUGUACUGUGGGCGGCGUCUGCACUGGCCUCGGGAUGCCCCCCCAGAACGUCGGGGAGGUUUAUGGCGUUGUGAAAGCCUACACCACCAGAGUGGGCAUCGGAGCCUUCCCUACAGAGCAGAGUAACGAGAUUGGUGAGCUGCUGCAAACAAGAGGAAAGGAAGUGGGCGUGACCACUGGCAGGAAGAGACGUUGUGGUUGGCUGGAUUUAGUGCUAGUUAAAUAUGCACACAUGAUCAAUGGUUUCACAGCAAUCGCUCUAACAAAACUGGACAUUUUGGAUGUUGUAUCAGAGAUCAAAGUGGGUGUACUUUACAAACUGGAAGGCGAGCCCAUACCUCACUUUCCAGCAAAUCAGGAGGUGCUGCAGCGUGUGGAGGUGCAGUAUGAAACCCUGCCUGGCUGGAACAGCGACACGUCGGCUGCAAGAAGCUUUGAAGAACUGCCAGAAAACGCCCAGACUUAUGUUCAAUACAUCGAGGAGCAUUUGGGAGUGCCUGUUAAAUGGAUUGGAGUGGGCAAGUCUCGAGAGUCCAUGAUCCAGCUCUUUUAG